AUGUCUGAUCCAAGCUCUAUUAACGGUGGUAUUGUGGUUGCCAUGACAGGCAAAGAUUGUGUGGCGAUUGCAUGCGAUCUGCGCCUUGGAUCGCAGUCGCUGGGCGUGUCCAACCGGUUCGAAAAGAUCUUCAACUUCGGGCACGUAUUUCUGGGACUGACAGGGCUGGCCACCGAUGUCACCACGCUUUACGAGACGUUCCGCUACAAAACGAACAUGUACAAGAUGCAGGAGGACCGGCCCAUCGAGCCAAACACCUUCUCGCAGCUGGUAUCCAGCACACUGUACGAACGGCGGUUCGGACCAUACUUCGUGGGUCCUGUUGUGGCCGGCAUACACUCCAAGACCAAAAAGCCUUACAUUGCUGGGUUCGAUCUCAUCGGCUGUAUCGAAGAGUCGAAAGACUUUAUUGUUAGUGGCACGGCGUCCGAUCAGCUGUUCGGUAUGUGUGAGUCGUUAUACGAGCCCAACCUUGAGUCCGAGGACCUAUUCGAGACAAUUUCCCAGGCUCUCUUGAACGCUGCAGACCGUGACGCGCUCUCUGGCUGGGGCGCUGUCGUCUAUCUGAUCGAAAAGGAUCGGGUCGUUAAGCGCUACCUGAAGACCCGGCAGGAUUAG